UUUAUUUGUUGCUAGCUGGUUGUGCAAGAGAAGUAGAUAUAACGCCCGUUCCCUCUCCAGUAAUCCCAUGGAUUAACGUUUGUCUGACACGGAGACCACUACCCUGCAAUUUCCUCAAGACACCUAGUUUUAACGCUAGGCCACAGCAGAAAGUGAUUGCAUAGCUUCAAUUUUCGAUAAUUUGGUACUGUACGUUAUUGCAAUUUGUCUAUGAUCAACACAUGCACGUUUUCGAACAUCGGUAUUCUUGUUCACGUGUGGUAAAUAUCUUCGAUAUCAGUCACAAUCGUGAAGUCGUUUAAUAUAUUUAUAUCAGCAAACAUAACAUACACCACAUAAUGAGGGGACGAGGGAGAGGUGGGCGUGGCCGUGGGGGCAGGGGCCGACGAGGAGGUAGGUCGGGCAGUCAUUCAGCUAGUGCCCCGACAGAAGGGACAUCGUCCGACAGUCAAGUAGAGGUGAAGGAACUCAGCGUUGACACAGACUUGCAGGCAUUCUUUGUUGGUAAUGCGUCGGUAGCACAACACUAUGCUGCCCAAAACCAGAACACGCAGAGGUAUGCAGCAGGCAUGGCUGUCCUGCAGAAGAAUGGCGUGGAGAUCGUACAGAAUGCAAGGAUUCGAGCAUUGGCAGCAGCUUGGGCUAGAAAAGAUUUUGAUUUAUCAAACGCUUUUCUAAAAGAUCGCGAUAACUUUGGACUGGUUGAGGUACUGAAGGCCUUACAGCUGAUAGAUUCAGGGCGACAAAUACGAGCAAAGGAGAAACAGUUGCGCAUUCUUCAGAUAUCUACAAACAAGGUGUCACCUAAAACAAUGGGCAAACUCAAGUCAGACAUUGACAACUUAAAUGCCUUAAAGCCGCCUUUCGGUACAGCCAGUGGAGCCGUGUGUAAACAUAUACGUCGAUGGGUGCAGACCUUCACAACUGAGGAGCUGGAGUUUUAUUCACUGUAUUUUCCCAAACAGCCGUGGCAGAAAUUGGCUGACCUCUGCCACUUCAAUCCAGAGAAGGACUUCCCAGCCCUGACCUGGUUCCUGCCCUAUUGUUUCGGUAAGGACGCCCCGGAGGGAUCUAUGACCUAUCGAUGCCAGCAUCUGACAACUGAAAACAUCAACGAGGUAAUCAAAGAGUUCCCCAUCCCGUACAGCCUUGCCAAGCAGCACAAGGAUGGCUUCACACCCGAGUCCAAAGCUCGCAUUGCUGCCUAUGAGCCCAAACUGGAUACCAUUCUUUGGUAUUAUGAGGAUAUUGGUCAGAACUGUUCAGAUGUCGACAAAAUAAUUGCAGACAGGAUGAAGGCAGGUGAGGAAGUAAAACUGCAGUUGGGGAAGCUGAUGGACCGUCUACUGAUGCUGAAGAUGUACCGUGAAAAUAUCCCAUCCAAACUGUACUACGGGCAGAAAUUGGAACGCAGUGUGGAUGAGAACAAAGCCCCAUUUAUUCAACAGCUCGCCGUGUAUGGCAACAAACGACUGAAAGAAAUCAGUUUAUCUCUUGAGGCUCCCAUUGUGGUGAGUGGAGAUGCCUCGGGCUCCAUGGAGAUUGCCAUCAGGACCAGUGUCAUCAUAUCGGGUAUCCUCGCCGCCAUCUGCUCUGCAAAGCUCAUCUUCUUCAAUAACGAUUUUCGCUACCCUAGCUCCGUUCCUACAAAUAUAGAGGAGGUCCUAGAACUGGCUAUAGAAACCAAAGCCGGUGGAGGGACAAGUCCAGCGGCUAGUCUGUGGCCGUAUUACGAGAAGAAGGAAGUUAUCAAGACAUUCAUUAUGGUUACAGAUGAAGAGGAGAACAGCGGGUAUAAGAAUCACAGGUUUGCAGAGCUGUACCAGAAAUACUAUGAUGAGGUAUACCCAAUGCGCUUAGUUUUCGUGUCUUUCCUGAGAGAUCAGCACGCUGAAGGCCAAAUGGUCCGGGAAUUGAAAUCCAAGGGACACAACCCAUUACAGGUGAAAUUCCAUCAGACUCAGCCAGAUCUGACAAAACUGGACAAAAUGUUUGGAACUCUGUCGUCAGAAUCUCUUACUUUUGAAGAGGAAGUGACAGCAAUGGAGUCAAGCAUUAGAGACCAGGGGUUGGCAAACGUGUUUCAGAAAGUCGACCUCUCGUCUCAGUCAAAAUGAGAAACACUGAAUAUUUUUUUUUUUUUGAGGACCCUGAGGGAGAUUAGCCUUUGGCUAAAUCAGGUUUUUAAUCCUCAAUGAAUAAAGUUAUUAUCAUUAUUAUCAUCACUUUUUCAAACUAAGCAUAUUCUUGUUGUUAAUUUUUAUUUUCUUUAUGAUAUUGAACAUCACUGGCAUAUGAAUAUAUGGUAUGUCAAGAAAGUCAGGUAAAGCACUUUUUAUGCACUGGGACAAAGAUUAUCUCCCUUGAAUUACAAAGUAAGAGUCUGGAUUAUCAUAAAUAAGAUGAAACAUACACAGUCCAUGUUGGGCAAUGCCACAAUUCUGUUAUCACAGUUAAUCUAUUUUCAGAUUGAAAUUUAUUGAAUGCCUACAUGAGACAUCUAUAUACAGUAUCUUUUCUUUUUCUUUUUACAUUCUAAGUAUAAUUAACUAUUUAGCCUUUGGUGAUUUAAAAUUAAUUCAGGAUAUCAAAAUGAAUGGUACUUACGAUUUUACCACAUAUCAUGAUCCAGGGUCCAGUUGCUCAAGGCCUUAUAUUCUUACUGGAAUACUAAAUACAAUUUUCAAUUCAUAUGUUCACUGUUUUGUCCGUCUGUCUGUAAAGAUUUUCUGAGCUGUAAUUUCUGUCUCGCAGAAGAUAGCUAGGUGCAAUUUUAGGGUUAAAUGUAGGAAGGCAAGGCUGUGUGUAGCAAACCAUAGUUAAGUCUGUACGCCCAAGGUCAAGGUCACAAUGAGGUUAAAGGUCAAAUUCAUUAUCUUUGCCAUCACUUCUGACUCUCUGAUAGCUCUAUGAAAUGUAGAUAUUUGUAGGAUGUGUCGCCGACUUUUUCCGGGAGCAUAAUCUAUCGGUUUUACUGAUUUUAUUUUAUUUUUUUAAGGGUUCCAAGGCAAACAUUCUGAACCCCUUUUACCUGUAUUUUCUUUGAGUUAUAAAUUCAAUAUCGAAAUGAUACGUUAUGGUUUUGAGUUGAAUAUCAUAUAUAAUUUAUGAGUAUGACAGAAUACAUUGUAUAUGUAAUAUAGUAUUUAACAGGUUAACCAUUACAUCUUGCAUUUAUGACAUUAUUUAUUUAAAGUGAUACAAAGCAAACAUUGUUGCUAAAAGAAAGUGUGCGAAUCAGCGUAAUAUUUGACGUCAUGUUCCAAUGACGUCAUGCUUGGCAACAAGUCAUAGCACCAUUUCUAAUGGAUUGAUUACUAACCCAAUUCUGCAUUUUGCUGUCAUUUUGAUAUUUCAUAUUAAAUCAAACAUGGUUAUUUACAUUUUACAUUUUUAGGUCACCUGAGCUAAAGCU